CUUCCGGCUGUGGGCGGUGCUUCAGCAGCACGUGGGUGACGCGCUGCAAACAUGGCGGAUCAGAGAGAAGCAUCUGUGGAUCAAGAGAAGAAAAACACAAAAACAGUUGAAAAGGAGAAUAACACACAGAAGACAGAAGAGAAAAAUAACUCACUGACGCCAGAAGACGACAGCAACACGACAGACAACGAGACACAAGACGACACAAACACUGAAGAGACACACAAGAGCUUCAGAGAUCUGGGCGUCACUGAAGUACUCUGUGAAGCCUGCGAUCUGCUGGGAUGGAAGAAACCAACCAAGAUCCAGAUAGAAGCUAUUCCUGUGGCUCUGGAGGGGCGUGACGUGAUCGGUCUGGCGGAGACGGGCUCAGGGAAGACGGGAGCGUUUGCUCUUCCCAUCCUGCAGUGUCUGCUGGCGUCUGCUCAGCGUCUGCACUCUCUCAUCCUAACCCCCACCAGAGAGCUGGCCUUCCAGAUCGCAGAGCAGUUCGACGCGCUGGGCUCCAGCAUCGGCGUCAAGACCGCUGUGGUCGUGGGGGGGAUCGAUAUGAUGUCUCAGGCUCUGGUUCUGGCUAAGAAGCCUCACGUGGUGAUCGCGACUCCAGGGCGUUUGAUCGAUCACCUGGAAAACACCAAAGGAUUCAACCUGCGAGCGCUCAAGUAUCUGGUGAUGGACGAAGCUGACCGCAUUCUCAACAUGGACUUUGAAUCUGAGGUGGAUAAAAUCCUGAAGGUUAUUCCUCGUGACAGACGCACCUUCCUGUUUUCAGCAACCAUGACUAAAAAGGUGCAGAAGCUGCAACGUGCGGCUCUACAGGAUCCUGUCAAAUGCACAGUUUCCUCCAAAUACGCCACCGUCGACAAGCUGCAGCAGUAUUACAUCUUCAUCCCAUCCAAGUACAAGGACUGUUAUCUGGUCUCUAUACUGAAUGAACUGGCUGGAAACUCUUUCAUGGUCUUCUGUGGCACGUGUAAUAAUGCCCAGCGUGUGGCGCUCUUGCUCAGAAACCUGGGCAUCACAGCCAUCCCUCUACAUGGACAGAUGAGUCAGAACAAGCGUCUCGGGGCUCUUAACAAGUUCAAGUCCAAGUCUCGCUCAGUCCUGCUGGCCACAGACGUGGCGUCUCGAGGCCUGGACAUCCCACAUGUGGACUGCGUCAUCAACUUCGACAUCCCCACACACUCCAAGGACUACAUCCAUCGUGUGGGCCGCACCGCCAGAGCAGGGAGAUCUGGGAAAUCCAUCACCUUCGUCACACAGUAUGAUGUGGAGCUGUUCCAGCGAAUCGAAGCGCUGAUUGGGAAGAAACUGCCGGCCUUCCCCACACAGGAAGAGGAAGUGAUGAUGCUGCUGGAGCGAGUUAGCGAAGCGCAGAGAUUCGCUCGAAUUGAGAUGAAGGAAAGUUCAGAGAAAAGGAAGCGGCCAAAAGCAGAUGAGGACGCGGCUGACGAUGGAGAACAGUCGAGCGGCGUGAGGAAGAAGAUCAAGGGCGGCUCAUUCAGAGGAAGAGCGAAGCGAGGACGCUGAGACUAUGCUGGAGUCUCCUUUAGUACAUCUAAUAAAUGCUGCAUUUUUCCACACUA